CUAUAGAAGAAGAGCCAGGUUUUCGCGCUUCGCGGUUUUUUAUUUCGUUCCUCAGGUAAAAAGUUUGAGGAAAAAACGUAAAAUCAUCUAUAAUUUUACCAACGUGAACCCGUUUGUACUAACAGCUCUAGUAACCUAGACGUUGUUUGGUUAAACGAUAAAAAAUUCGCUGGAGUUUGUGCCAUUUCCAGUGUUACAAUACAGUCCGGUCUUCCCAACAGUGGCUUAAUGUUGGAGUGGCGGUUACCUGCGAAUGGGACUCAGGUCAUCAAGCCAACUCAGACAAGUGAGACAGAGGAGCGAUGCAGGGGGCUCAGGCUGAGAAGUGGUCAUUACAACAGGGCAGCAAUGGUGCAGGGAACUCAGGCAGAGGAGAAUCUGGCCUCUGGCGUGCCUAAUCGUACAUGACUUUGAGGAGAUGAUGUGUGCUACAAUCCCAGCACGUUGUAUUUGAAUAUGGACAAAAACAGAUCAGACAUUAGCCAGUGCUAUUGAUCCUCAAAUAGGGGCCGAGCUGUCUGUUUUGAACGCUGGCGCCCGGUCGAUCCCAUCUGACCUACUGUUCACAAGCAGGCUGACCAGAUGAUGAUGUUCGAGAGAUCUGUCGUGCAGGGAGGCAGCGACUUGGACAACUUGGAAUGGACUGAUGGAGACCAAGCAGAUCCAUCAACUGCUAUUGAGGGUAAUGAGCAAGGCGUGGAGGUGAGCACAUUACAGCGGACUGACCUUGCCCAGAAAAAGUGUGAGCGAGUUAGAUGCCCCCUGAAGCCUGUCCCCCCACCUGUAAAGUUAUUACAGCCAUCGUGUGAGGUUUGAAGGUGUUAUGGCUGACAGUCUGCCCCGGUCCCUGGUAUCUUACAGAAUAAAGACUCAUCACUACAUCCAUCGCUUGUUGCUGUACAGACUCAGUGGCGGGGUGAGUCACGGUCUCUUCAACCUGACGGGCCCCGGACCAGUAUGCAUUUAGAGUGAUCAGGAUGGAGGACUCUAGUUUGUGCCUUGGUGUAUCCUCGGUGGUCCCAGAUGCUGACGCCCAUCUCAGCAACGCAGUACUUAAUGGCCGCUACCCAAUCAGUCAGAAACUGCACCAGCUUACUGCUCAGCUGGGUCAUGCCUUUCCUGAACUACAGAGUCGCCAGCAGAUCCCAGAGGAAAAGGCAGCCACCCCACUAGAUGAAAAAACCCAUGCUGCCUUAGCUAGUCAGCCAAUCAGCAGUCAGAUGGCCUUGUUGGCCAACCAGCUUAACCGUGACAUGGAGGUGGGUGCCCUAAGUGGUCUCAAUGGGCGUGUUGAUUUGCAGCAGUUUCUCAACGGCCAGAACUUGGGAAUCAUGUCACAGAUGAAUGACAUUGAAGAUGAUGCCCGCAAGAACCGUAAAUACCCUUGUCCGUUAUGUGGCAAACGAUUUCGCUUCAACAGCAUUCUGUCUCUUCAUAUGCGUACACACACUGGAGAGAAACCCUUCAAAUGCCCCUAUUGUGACCACCGAGCUGCUCAGAAAGGUAACCUGAAGAUCCAUCUACGUACUCAUAAGCUGGGAAAUCUUGGAAAGGGCCGUGGUCGUGUACGUGAAGAAAACCGGCUUCUGCAUGAAUUAGAGGAGAGAGCAAUUCUACGUGACAAGCAAAUGAGGAACAGCCUGCUGCAGCCUUCUCAACCUCUUCCACCACACCUGAGUAUUCAAAGUCCCAACCAGCAACAGCCUGGCUCUGCCUGUGGCCUGCUUACCCCAACCAGUAUUGGCAGCUCACCUGAUGGACUGACCCAGCCAUCUGCCUCGCCUAAACCUGCAGGUACCAUCCUUUCAGAUGAGCAAACUCUGAACCCAUCCCAGGGGUUCCGCUGCACUUUUUGCAAAGGCAAAUUUAAGAAGCGCGAAGAGCUAGAACGCCACAUCCGCAUUCUUCACAAGCCCUACAAGUGUACCCUGUGUGAAUUUGCUGCUUCCCAGGAGGAGGACCUCAUCAGUCAUGUGGAGAAAACCCACAUCACAGCUGAAUCAGCCCAAGGACAGGGCACAGGAGCUGGUGGUGGAGAAAAACCUGCCAAUGAAUUUCGCUGUGAGGUCUGUGGACAGGUCUUCAGCCAAGCUUGGUUUCUUAAAGGCCACAUGAGGAAACACAAAGACUCCUUUGAACAUUGUUGCCAGAUAUGUGGACGUCGAUUCAAGGAACCCUGGUUCCUGAAGAAUCACAUGAAGGUGCAUCUCAAUAAGCUAGCCAUCAAGAGCAAACCCACUGUUGGUGGAGUUGAUGAAGAUGGCCCCUCUGUUAACAGUAUGAGCAGCCUAGCUCAAGAAGCCCAUGCCAACCUGUACUCACGUUAUAUUUCUUGCCUGCAAAGUGGCUUCCUCACACCUGACAAGCAAGGCCUAGCUGAACAGCAGCACCAGAUGCUGGCCAAGGCUGGUAUAGCUAUGAAGGAGAAGGAGAUGCUUGGAAAGCUCCUUGGCCCAAUGGCCAGCAUGGCCCAUGGAUUAGGGGAAAAUGAGAAGCGCUCACUCUUGGGUUGCCUGAACCUGGUACCCCCCCUAAAGUCAAGCUGUAUGGAGCGCUUGCAAGCCGCAGCUAAGGUGGCAGAGAUGGACCCCCUGAACAGCUACCAAGCAUGGCAAAUAAUGGCACGUGGAAUGGCCAUGGAACGCUCCUUCAUGCCUAAAGAGCAGCACCAUGGGGGGCACGGACAAGAAGAUGACCUUGCAAGUGCAGCCGGGAUUGUUCCCUUUGCAAAAGACAAGCAUGAGCACCCAACUCUCACCUCAAGUGAUGGUUCCAAGCAGAAACAACAUCCUGAAAUCCUCCAUGGGGUAAAGUCCAGUGGAGGCAUGAUGCAGUUAAAAGAUGAGGGUGCGAACUUUGACAACCAUCGUGAGUUCUUGUCUCACCAUGGUGUUUUAGGCCUUGGCCAAGGGCUUGAGUACAGCUUGGCCGGUCUUAAAGAGAAACCAACCGAGUGUCCAGACUGUGGCAGAGUCUUUAGAACCUACCACCAGAUGGUGGUCCACUCACGGGUCCACAACAAGGACCGUCGAUCCCUAGACGACAACUCCCAGCACGGUCUGGACGAAAGGCGUGGCUCAGCUAGCGACCCAGAGUCUCAGUCCAUCAGCCGUUCCACCACCCCAGGUUCCUCUAAUGUGACAGAAGAAAGUGGUGCUGGAGGUGGACACUCCCAAACUGGCAGCGUGCAGGACGACAGUCCCCACCCAUCUUCUCCAUCUUCAGAUGUUGGGGAGGAGAUGCCCAAGCCUGUGAGUGCUGUCCAGCCCCCCACCACCCAGCACCGGGACAGGAGCGUGGGCUCCAGCAUAAAGGACUGCCCCUACUGUGGCAAAACAUUCCGCACCUCGCACCAUCUAAAGGUCCAUUUAAGAAUACACACAGGUGAAAAGCCCUACAGGUGCCCUCAUUGUGACUAUGCAGGCACUCAAUCAGCUUCCCUGAAGUACCACCUGGAGCGCCAUCACCGUGAGCGACAAAAUGGAGGCGGCACCUCUGCCAACCACCCUCCUUCAUCUGAACACAAGGAUGACCACAGCAAGAACAGCAGUGGCAGUGGGGUGUUUGCCCGUCCUGAUGUCCUUCGUGGAGUUUUCAAAGGCAUGAUGCCAUCUGGCCUUGAUUUUAGAGGAGGUCAAAUGCUCCCGCACCAGUGGGCUCCACCAGGAAUGCUCUCUCCCAGAGAAAGAGACCGUGAAAGGGAACGUGAUCGCCAUGGACCAGGCGCAGAGCCCACCACAGAGAACAUGAAGAGUUCUGAGGUGCCAGUCUCUACAGGAGACAGUCCUGCUAGCUUCUCUGACCUGGGCCGGGCCUACCAGAGUAUGGUGGGGAAUGGAGUCAACUUCCAGGGCUCCCUGCAGGCUUUCAUGGAUAGCUUUGUCCUUAACUCUAUGAAGAAGGAGAAGGAGAUAAGAGAGAAUCAACUGCAUGGCCAGCACUUUAGCCAAGAAAGUAUUGAAGCCAAGAGCAAAAGAACCAGUGAGGGGAAACAGGAAGAGAAUUCUACUGGUGAUCCCAAGCCAGCUGAGGGUGGACGUUCCCAGUAUGAGCCACUGGAUUUGUCUGUUAGACCUGAUGCAGGGUCUCUCCCUGGAUCAUCCAUCACAAUCCAGGACAAUGUUGCCUGGCAUGGCUGCCUCUUUUGCUCUUUCACCACUGCCUCUAUAGAGUUAAUGGCCCUUCACCUGCAAGCCAACCACCUGGGUAAAAGCAAGUGUGGCCCAGGCAAAGAUGCUAAGGAACACCUCCUGGGUGAGCCAUCGCAUGCUGGCAAAGCUGCAAGCCUGGCACCUCCACCACCAGGCCUUCUCCAUCACCAUGAGGGAGCCUCGUCCAGGGACAGAGAGACUGAAUCUGGGGAUCUGAAGGGACAAGCAGGCUGGUCCAACCAUCUGGAACAGCCCCCGCAUGGAGCCUCCAUGGGAGCAUUCUCAAGUGACUUCUAUAAGCCCUUUGGCCCUGUGUAUGAUGGCUCUGCUAGAGGGCCUGUUGGAUUCCUGGACCAACAGCAAAUUCAGCCCAAUGAUGUGGGUGGUCAGGGCCUUCUGGACGACCUAUCUGACAAGGCAUCCUACAGUGAGAUAGAGGCAUCUGAGGAACACGGAGCUCAUUCUGAAGAAGAUGAAUUGGGUCGUGACAAAUCAUUGCACAACUCCACUGCCACAGAGCGACAUAUGCGUUCAGAUGAAGAAGAUGAGGCAGACGAAGAUGAGGAAAUGGAGAUGGGUGACGCAGAGGAGGAGGACCGCGGAUCCAUGCAAAUGCUUCCCGAAUCUCCACUGUCAGGGAAGGACAUCCAAAGGUGUAAACUGUCCAUGGGACCACAAAGCUCUGGUCUUUCUCCUCCUCAGCCUCCCACCCCUGAAAGACAGUGGCAGCAAGCAGGUCUAAGUCUUCUCUCUCCCGGCGGUGGUCCUCCAGGCCUGGUUAAGCCCGAUCAGGCCCACCUGGAGCACCAGAUGAACAUGCUUUCUGUCUUGCGGGCCUACAGUUCAGAGAACCUCGCAGCUUUCAACGGAGGCCUAGGCGGCAGCUCCAAUGGGGGAGCCAGCAGCAUGAAAAGAAAUGACCCUUCUGGUCAUGGAGGUCAGAGGCCAUUCCAGUGCCGGUAUUGCCCAUACAGCGCCUCUCAAAAAGGCAACCUGAAGACCCAUGUUUUGUGUGUGCACCGUAUGCCCUUUGACAACAGCCAGUACCCAGAUCGGCGCUUCAAACGUUCCCGCAUGGACUCUGAUGUUACUGUGAACUCAGAGGACGGGAAUCCUCCCUCUUCUGGACAGGGGACCACAGGAGAAGGUAUUUCUGGUGAUAUUCCUCACUCUCUAGAGUGAAACAACAUAAAGCUUAAUCCAGGAUUCUCUACGGACCUUCAGGGGUUUGAAGUUGUGUGUGUGACAUCCUAUGGCAGUGCUUCAUACUAAAACAAACAUACAUAUGAAGAAUUGCCUCAUACAACACCCAGAAAACUACAAUGACUAUUAUUCUAUAGUGUGUUUGAAUCAAACCCCCGAAUCAACUCACUAGGGUGUUUUGUGAAGCACAGGGCUGAGAUGGCAAAGCGGAGAAACCCGAAUCCUAUUUCUAACAAGUCUGAAACUAAAUAUACUGCUUUUAUUGGAACUGCCUAAAAUGAGCGCAGAAGGGACAUUGCCGAAGAAAGAAAAAAAUGACAAUGUAAAAAAACACUGUCAUUAAAUUCCUCCGAGUGACUUUUGUCCCAAAAAUAACGCUUUUAUCAGAAAAACGAUCCGCGUCAAUGAUUCCUCGACAGUUAGAAGGAAAAGAAAGAUGGAGGGGAGAUGUUGAGCGCACCCUUCACGAACAUGACACCACCAGUGGCCAUUUGCCCAGCGCCACUGACGCACAGGGAUGGAGCGAGCGGACGGAGGGAUGCAGAUCGUGAAAUGGGGGGCGGGGAUGGGGGGAGACUUGGUGCCAGCCUGACUGGAGCUGUCAUCACAGAGGAAAUCAAUUCAACCCCCCUCCCACCCUGCUUCCAUUCAACCCCCCCUCCUCAUUUCGCCUCCUCACUCUUUCACAACACGUCAAGAGAAACCUUAGUCGUCCGUACAGCCGGGAGGGUCAGCCUCAAAACUGUUUGAUGACUAGUAGCACUUCCUGUCAGCCUCCAUCAUUCCUAUUCUCUCUUUCUCCUGUGACAAAAAAAACAAUGGUGGCCAAUAACUUUGCAAAAAAAUUGUUUUUUAUUCUCGUGCAGUUUGGAAUGUAAUUUGGGGUGACAACAAAGUGGGGAAACACAUUAAAUGUGUUUAAUUUCCAUUCAACACUUUUCUUAAUGACAAAAAAGUAAGUUGGUCUCGAUGACGGUGCUGCUUUCGAUCUGACUGGUGGACAUUAGGUAAAAUGUACAGAUGUACAAGGAAGGGCCAGUAUAAAUGUUUAGCAAGAGGCUGAAUAUGUUAUUUGUUAAGUUGAACUUGAAAAUAAUAUGAAGGAACUGUAGCGCUUUGUGGGGUUUAUUGACUACCUUCUUUAUAGAGCUCUUGAGAAGCAGCAUUAUGAAGGCAAACUGUAGAUAUGAAGUAUAUAGAUAAUCACUUUUACUGCUACCUGUCUGUAAUCUAAACUUCAGGCAUUUAUUGGUUUGUUGUUGUUGUUCUCUACUUUUUAAUACUUGAUUUUGUACAACUUCGACUUUGGUUUCUAUUUAUGUUUUGUGGCCCCAUUUUUGUGUACUUGUUGUCCUAAAUGUUCCUCUACUAAAGGAGAUUAACAACACGGGCAGUUUGGAUGGUAUGAAAUCAAGCCUCUUAAAGAGCAAAAUAAAAUGUAUCAACUUUCAUUGUACUUCCUUUUGAUGAAGCAUAGCAGGGGUUAGGAGGUAAAUAAGUAUGGUGCGUUUUUCUUUCCCGUGUAGGGGGUUAGAGAUGCAUGGGUGGGGUGGGGGGUGGAUAUGAAUGUUUUGUGAUAAACAGAAAUGAUCCGGACUUUAAGAAAGUCAAUAUCUUCCUGCUCAGCACAGGGAAGCUCAGCACUUAAAUCCCAGGGCCUUACGGCUCCUCUAUUCAUGCCAGAGGGAGUUUAGAGAACUCACAAAUACCCAUCUCACUACACAGUAAAUAAAAACAUAAACCCUUAUCAGAGCCCUAGGACCACAACAUCUCAAGAAAAGAAGAUAGAGAGUCAAAUAUUUAAGUAAAAAACAAAUGAUGUGGUCUAGAGAAGUUUAGACAAACUCUAGAGGCUUAGUUUUUUUUUUAUUUACCAUAACACAAAAAUACCCAAAACGAUUGUAAUUUUUAGUCUAUAUUUGUUUUUUUUCUGUUUUAGAAUAGUUCUCACUGCCUUAAAUAGAGUCAAUAAAUUUAAAUGCAACUAUUUGUAUAAGCUGUAUUGGGGGGGCAACAUCUCAAAUAAACGACAUAUUUUGUGACUGCAUUCAGCUUUAGAAGUUUCAACGCACUGUGUUUCUGGUGCCUGUCAGUCGCUUGCUUUUCUUGUGUGUAUGUAAGUGUGUGCACCUCAAACUAAGUAUAUAAUAGUGAAUAAAAAAGUUUAAAAAAAAAUCAAAAAAUCAUUCCAUUCACUGCACUUUUGCUUCUGCUUUUCUUUUUUUCUUUUUUGUUAUAUUGGAUCAUUUUGGAGCUCUGAGACAGGCAAUAAUUCUGUUAUUGACACUGGAAAGUUUUAAAAAUAUAUAUUUCUAUUUUAUUAUUUUGUAUUGUGGUUGUUCAUCCCAUAAGUUCAGGUGCUAAUGUAUUUACUGUAUGUUACCUCCCCAUAAAAUAAUAAUAAUAAAAAAAUAAAAAACAACUUCAUCAGUAGCCAGAUAAUGUCCACUGAUACUGUCACUUGCAUAUUUUUGAGUUCUACAAUAUUGUACAAUAUUGUGAUUCUUGGAAAAACAAAAUAAAAAAAAUCAUGUCAGUUUUAUUUCUCUCUAUAAUAUUCUAUGUGAUCAUGAAUUGUCCAACUGUAUACUGUCAAACAUUCCUAAAUGAAGAGUAUUUCUAUAUCAGAGAUGGUGCAGAGGAGGCUAGAGGAUUAUAUUGCUUCUUUUAUGCUUUUAACAAGUAGAUGACUUAUUGUAUUUAAGGAUUAUUCCUGGUCUUUAUUUAUUAUCAAAGAUCUGAAAAUAUUCUAAAGUAUCAAAUCAUUUUUUUUCAGCUAUAGCUGUUUACUUUUUGCUGUUUAGAAGUUCUAAUGUCUUUAAAGCAGUACAGUUUGAUCCAGUGUUUUACGCAAUAAAACCUCUA